AAAGACAGCUUCCAAGGACCAAUUCUCAUGCUUCACAUUUACUAUAUGUAAUGUGAAUGCCUCUGCUCGUCACCAACCACUGAUAAUUCCUUCCCUUCUCUCUAAUAACCCCACCGUCAUUUCCUCUCCUCAAAACUCCAUGUACAUGUUAAGCUGUCCAUUUUCCUCAGACCGCAGAAAAAGGUCUGUGCUUUUGCGGUGACAUUUCGUUUGUUUUUGGGUGUUCCAAAACUGGCAAGUUCGCUUGAGAAAGCUCCGUAUUUGAGCUUGCGUAUGUGGUACCACCUGAUUAAACCCAGAAAGGAAAGCCAAACAGAAUUCCUGCAUAUGGAGACUUUGGACAAUGGGAUUGGUUUGAGAGCCUCGGAAUGAGAUAAUCUCCAUGUGGGGCUUUUGGGGUUGUUUUAAGAAGAGAUCUAAGGUUUGAGUUUGGUUCAUUUUCCGAGGAGGCGGCUGUGGAGAGGCGAUUUCAGAAGUGGUUCUGUAAACAGGUAACUUGGUAUCGGAUAAAAAAUGGCAACUGAUCUUAGCGCAGGACUGUCCACGAAGACAUUUGUUUUUGGUCUGAAGUUAUGGGUGUUAAUGGGGAUCACUGUGGGGUUGUUUAUUGUAAUCAUCCUUGUGGUCCUAUCAUUUUGCCUUACUUCACGGAAGAAAUCCAGAAAGGCUAAUGACAUGCUUCCCGUUGGCCAGAUUCCAACUGUUUCAGAAGAAAUCAAAGAGAUUAAGGUUGAUCAAAUUUCAGCUAACCAUUACAUUCCCCAUCAUGGUGCUUUCCUUACCCUUAAUGAAAAAUUGACCAACCGAGAGUUGGAUAAAGUUAUGCUUCAUUCAAAGAAUGGGGAUAAUAAUAGUCAAUCGGGCUCAUUUAAUCAUACCGAGCAAGAAGGUAUUAGUUCUCACUCAGGAGAAGAGGGAGGUUCGGGAAAACUUCCUGUUUACAAGCCUCCUUCGCAUCCCAUCUCUGCUGCUUCACCUCUGUCUGGUUUGCCUGAAUUCUCUCACCUUGGCUGGGGUCACUGGUUUACAUUAAGGGAGCUAGAACGAGCAACAAAAGGAUUUUCAAAGGAAAAUAUUAUUGGUGAGGGGGGAUAUGGAACUGUUUUUCGAGGUCAUUUGAUUAAUGAGACUCCUGUAGCUGUUAAGAAGCUCUUCAACAAUUUGGGACAAGCUGAGAAAGAAUUUAGAGUGGAAGUUGAUGCUAUAGGUCACCUUCGGCAUAAGAACUUAGUUCGUCUUUUGGGGUAUUGCAUUGAAGGAACUGAAAGGUUAUUGGUAUAUGAGUAUGUCAACAAUGGCAACUUAGAGCAGUGGCUCCAUGGAGCCAUGCGUCAACAUGGAUAUCUAACUUGGGAAGCUCGGAUCAAAAUUCUCCUCGGUACUGCUAAGGCGCUGGCUUAUUUACAUGAGGCUAUUGAGCCUAAAGUUGUCCAUCGAGAUAUCAAAUCAAGCAAUAUAUUGAUUGAUGAUGACUUUAAUUCUAAGUUAUCUGAUUUUGGUCUUGCCAAAUUGCUGUGUGCUGGAACCAGUCAUAUUACGACUAGAAUUAUGGGUACCUUUGGAUAUGUUGCUCCAGAAUAUGCUAAUUCUGGCCUCCUAAAUGAGAAAAGUGAUGUCUACAGUUUUGGUGUUGUGCUUCUGGAAGCAAUUACUGGAAGGGACCCAGUGGAUUACGGACGGCCACCAAAUGAGGUAAAUCUAGUCGACUGGCUCAAAUUGAUGAUUGGAAGCAGGCGGUCUGAAGAGGUUGUGGAUCCUAACAUUGAGACUAGACCAUCAACAAGUGCCCUUAAACGAGCCCUUUUGACUGCUUUGAGGUGUGUCGAUCCUGAUGCUGGCAAGAGACCAAAGAUGAGUCAAGUUGUCUGCAUGCUCGAGUCUGAGGAAUAUCCUAUACCCAGAGAGGAUCGAAGACGCAGGAGAAGUCAGGCAGACAAUGCAGUGCCCGAGUCUCAUUGAGAGAGCUCUGGGACGGGGAAGAGUGACAAUCCAGAUGUGAAGCCGGAUGACAGAAGGAACCACCAGGCAUAGAAUGAACCAAUUACAGAAUCUGUGGGUAUUGGAUCAAGUUUAAAAUCUUGCAUUCUUUUAAUGCCCUCGUUAGGAUCAAGGGAGGGAAAACAUAAAAUGAGUGAUAGAGGGUGGCUUAGCCUUUUCUUUUUAAUACCUAGAUUUAGAUGUUGUGAAAAAGGAUGUUUUGUUUCUGUAAGAGGAAGUUUUAAC